AAGGGCAGUUAGUUUGGGGGAGGGGAAUGUGCAGACACCUUGGGGCGGGGGCGGGCGGCUGCUCAGUUGCCCCUGGCUUCUGUAUAUCUUUGCAUGUGACGUUUGGUCUCUGCAGUCAGGGCUGGGUUCUGUGCCCGCAGGUGCCUAGGUAUAGGCUGGGUGGUUCAGUGCCUUUGGGCUUUGCUCUUCGGGUCCGUGCCACAGCCCCUGCGGACCAGUCUACAGUCGCGAUUCCGUGUAUGGUUCUGUUUUUCGAGUAAAUUCCUGAAGGAGUUACUAGGCCUGCCUGCUCUCACCUGGCUGACACCGAGGCCACUCCAUUCUCUCAGCAGCCCAGCCCGAGACCUGGCCACUAUGGAGCUGCCAGCCACCCUCCCACACACACUACUAUUCCUGCCAGCCCUGCUGAGCUCAGGUUGGGGGGAGUUGGCACCGAAAAUUGAUGGUCACACCUGGGCUGAGAGGGCACUUCGGGAGAAUGAGCGUCAUGCCUUCACCUGUCGGGUGGCAGGGGGCCCUGGCACCCCCCACUUGGCCUGGUACCUGGACGGAAAGCUACAGGAGGCCGGCACCUCAAGACUGCUGAGAGUGGGUGGGGAGGCCUUCUCUGGAGGCACCAGCACCUUUACCGUCACUGCCCAGCGGGCCCAGCAUGAGCUUAACUGCUCCCUGCAGGACCCUGGCAGUGGCCAGUCAGCCAACGCCUCUGUCAUCCUUAAUGUGCAAUUUAAACCAGAAAUUGCUCAGGUUGGAGCUAAGUACCAGGAUGCUGAGGGCCCAGGCCUCCUGGUUGUCCUGUUUGCCCUGGUACGUGCCAACCCACCUGCCAAUGUCACCUGGAUUGACCAGGACGGGCCAGUGACUGUCAACACCUCUGACUUCCUGGUGCUGGAUGCUCAGAACUAUCCCUGGCUCACCAACCACACUGUGCAGCUGCAGCUCCGCAGCCUGGCACACAACCUCUCAGUGGUAGCCACCAAUGAUGUUGGUGUCACCAGUGCCUCGCUUCCAGGCCCAGGGCUCCUGGCCACACGGGUGGAAGUGCCACUGCUGGGAAUUGUCGUGGCUGGAGGGCUUGCCCUGGGAACCUUAGUGGGGUUCAGCACCUUGGUGGCCUGCCUAGUCUGCAGGAAAGAGAAGAAGACCAAAGGCCCUUCCCGACGCCCGUCUCUGAUCUCUAGUGACUCUAACAACCUGAAACUCAACAAUGUGCGGCUGCCACGGGAGAACAUGUCCCUCCCGUCCAACCUUCAGCUCAAUGACCUGGCUCCAGUUUCCAGAGCAGAGAAACUAGCAGACCGGCCGAUGGCUCAGAACAGCAGCCGGCCAGAACUUCUGGAACCUGAGACUGGUGGCCUCCUCACCAGCAGAGGUACUGGGGAGCAGGACUGCCACCCUACUUCUUAUGCCCCAGCCCUGUGCUUAUGCCAAAGGCCUCUGAAUACCAGAGGGCAGAGAGGGCUUCCUUGGGUUCUAGGGAACCAAGAUUACUGAGUCCUCUGGGAAUCUUUGACCCUGUAGGUUUCAUCCGCCUCCCAAUGCUGGGCCACAUCUAUCGAGUGUCCAGUGUGAGCAGUGAUGAGAUCUGGCUCUGAGCAAGGUGACUCAGGAGUGCCCUUUGGCCCCAGACACCCUGAGCCCCCUGCCCCAUGCUCCUCCAGUACAUGCUCUGCCUGGCCAUGUGGCCAACAUGAAGAAGCCAUGCCACUGCCUGGUCGUCCUGGCUGGGGUACUCUAGGGGUCAAGUGUAUGAUCUAUUUCACUGGGAUCUGACCCGUGGGACACAGGUAUCCUUGGCAAGGCUGCCAGCCAGAACUAAGCCCCUUGUGCUAAUACAGGUUGGGGCCUGCAUGCAAUGACUGGGCCCGGGCAGAUGUAGCUGUUUGCUUAGGUGUGUCCGGGUCACCCAGCCCCUAAGUGUGCCAGGGUCUGCUACAUGCCCUACACCCCAUACUCAACAGCACUUUGUAUAAUAGGCAUUGGGGGGCUUAUAAGUAGGGAGGGCCCUGCAUGUCUUGAAUGUCCUUAUGCUAUGCAGCUCUGUUCCCUCAGGGAGAGAAUCAAACUGCCCUUUGCACAAGAACCAAUCUGUGGCCCAGGGGCCUCUGUCAAACACAAACUAGUCCAUUUCGCUGCAUACCUCUUUCUCCUCCACGCCAUGCCACUGGCCCUGCAUCUUCCUGGAUAUCACAAGUUAUACACUGGAUUUUGUUUCUUCACUGGGUCCUAAACUUCCAUAUUGGCCUGGCCCCCAGCAGUGCCAGUGCCUGGUGUUAGCACAAGACUGGGAAGAAGAGAGCGGUGACAAGUCUGGUGGCAUCCAAGACUGUAUGUAGCUAUGCAUCAAUUUUUACAGCAUUAGCACUUUAAGCACAUCCCCUAGGGGAGGGGGUGAGGGAGGGCCCAGAGCUCUCUUCGAUCCCCAGGUUUGGCCUUCCUCUGAUUCACUGUGAGUGUCCUGUGAGCCCUCAGGGUAGAUGGUUUCCCUCUCAGCAUGUCUCCCUUCCAGGGGACCCCAGCCGUGACCAACCCUCACUGCCCCAUCCACAGGAAGCAACUUGUCCUACCCCUCCCUCUGCUCUUUAGGUGGGGCUAAAGUGGGCAUAUGGUUCAACAGGUCCAGAAACUUUAUGGAGACAUAGAGAAACAGGGAGUCUGCAUACUCCACAAUGACCUAAGAAUGCUUCUAAAAAGCAACAUGGAAAUGACUGGAAAUUAGCAGAGUGCACAGUGUAUUUUUCCCUUGUUUUGUAUUUUUGUCAUGUUAUUGCCUAGGACAGUGCUGAGCACACAGUAAAAUCAAUAAACUUAACUGAA